AUGGACGCCGCCGCUGCCGCCGCCGACGACACGAUUGACACCCUGUUGGAGCGCUACCUCGGCCUGGUGGAUGAGUACACCCGGCUGCGCGCCGCGCUCGCCGACCUGCAGGCCGGCGUGUACCAGGACAUCGCCCGCGCCAACUUCGCCGCCGAGCGCGGCGUCAGGUACGGCCGGGAUUUCUACGACGGCCGCGCCCGCAGCCUGAGGACCCUCGUCAUCACCACCGCUGCCACCACCACCACCACCACCACCAGUACUACCAACCAAGACGACGCCAGCUCCGUCUGCCCCGCGGAUUCCUUCCCGAGGUUCGAAGUCGUCCCCGUCCCGGCUGCGGACGCGGACCAGGACCAGGACCAAGUAAAAGACCAGGAAAAGGACCAGGAUGACAGCCAAGCCGACGACCCCCCCUCACCCGCACCCACGCCCAAACCGACAGACCCCCUCCACUGGUUCGGCCUCCUAGCCGUUCCGGCGCCGCUGCGGCGGGCCCAGGCUCGGUCCGUCGAGGCCGUCGAGGCCGUCGUGCCCCGGCUCGCCUCGGUGGCCGCCGAGAUGGCGGCCGUCGAGAUCCAGGUGCGGCGCGCGAGGAAGCGGCGCGCCAGGGCCGCGGGUGGGGGCGGGAAGGCGAGGGAGAGGGAGGGGGGGGUGCGGGCUGAGGCGGUUGUUGUUGUUGUCUAA